UGAACCGGYGGCGUUGUUAUUGACGCCAUAUUGCUGGUGCGGGGGUUACGGCCGGGAGCGCCAUCGCCGCCGCCAUCGCCGCCGCCCGGGCCCCGCCAUCGCCAUCGCCCCGCAUCGGCCGCCCCGCAGCGCACACCUGGGACCGGCACCGCGCCCCUCGGCACUGYUCGCACCCCGCCACCGGCUGCGGGCGGAAUUUGUCCCGGCCGGGCAGGGCGGAGCGGGCGGGGAGAGCGGAGAUCCAGCCGGAGUGAGCCGGGGCUGCUGCUGCCGCUGCCGGGGCCGCUCCCUAGAGAGAGGCCGGCGGGGAGGCGGCGGAGGCGGCCCUGACGCAGCCGCCCCCUCCUUUCCCUUCCCUCCCCCCCAGCCCGCUCCAGACAGCGGGGAAGACGCCUCUGGGCAGGGCCGGCUGCUGCUUCUUCCACCGCUGCCCCUCGCUCCGAGCCCCCUUGGCCGCUCCGCGCCAUGGCUUGCGGCGCCACUUUGAAAAGGACUCUGGAUUUCGACCCGCUGCUGAGCCCGGCGUCCCCGAAGCGAAGGCGAUGUGCGCCAUUGUCAGCCCCGGCCUCAGCCGCCUCCUCCUCCUUCGCCGCCGCUGCCUCCUCCCCGCAGAAAUAUCUGCGCAUGGAGCCCUCGCCCUUCGGAGAGGUKUCGUCCCGGCUCACCACAGAACAAAUUCUGUACAACAUAAAACAGGAGUACAAACGCAUGCAGAAGAGAAGACAUUUAGAAAAUAGCUUCCAGCAGACAGAUCCUUGUUGUUCUACUGAUGCACAGCCACAUGCAUUUCUCCUUACUGGACCAGCUUUGCCAGGUACUUCAUCUGCAGCAUCAUCACCAUUGAAAAAAGAACAGCCCCUGUUUACUCUCAGACAAGUUGGAAUGAUCUGUGAACGUUUGCUGAAAGAACGUGAAGAGAAAAUCCGUGAAGAGUAUGAAGAAAUUUUGACCACAAAACUUGCAGAACAAUAUGACGCAUUUGUGAAGUUUACGCAUGAUCAGAUCAUGCGACGAUAUGGAGAACAGCCUGCCAGUUAUGUUUCAUGAAUCACACUUUCUGCAUAUGUGGGCUGCCCUAUACACCCUGUUUUAUUGUUGCAAGCUAUCCCAGUAAAGACUUGCAGCAAUGCCAUAUUUUUUUCCCCCCUGUGAACACAGGUUAUUUCAAGCUUUUGUCAGUGGCAACCACUCUUAUGCAGCAACUGGUUUUGGAGUGCUCCCUGAUGUCAGUACCACCUGGAUGUGGACCUUUGCUACCUGUAAUAAUACCAGUGGCCUCAUUUGCUGUAUCAUUACAAUUUGGCUUCUUAUGUUAAUAAGUUUGAAAAAGUAAAGGAUUAAAGCUGGUGUUCUAGAAGUUGCCCUUCACUGGUUGUGUAAAUAAAAAUGUAGAAUGACACUUCUGACUGAAGUUAGUGUGGUUUUCAUAACUGUGCACUACAACAAAGCUGUAAUCACAGUUAAGUUAGAAUGUAAUCCCAGGACAAUUUUAAGCAAAUAGCCCACAGUACUGCCUGUGAAAUAGUGAAGGAGGGCAUUUCUGUAUUCCAUGACUUUUUUGGGGGUUAAGAAUGGGUUUAUAUGAUUUCUCAUUUUUGUAGUUUUUAUUUAUUCUAUCAGUCUUUAACAAAUGUUUAUUGCUGCAAUUUUUCAGUGUAUCAUUGUUUUACUGCCCUUGUAGUACUGGAAUUUAGUUGGAAGAAUAAAACAUUUACUUCUAAUCUGUUUGUUUUUAAUAURCAGGUGGAACUUUGCUGUGUAUGAAUAAACUUAAAUUUGAGUGUUUUAAACUUCAUUCACUAGCAAUAGUGGGUGGGUCCGUUUAAGCUCAGGAGAAGGAAGUGGAUUAAAAUCUCAGGUCAUUCUUCAGAGACAGAGAAAUCUUCCUUAGAUUGCCUGUAUUGUUUCUUGUGGAAGCAUGUUUGGUACAGAACUGACAUGAAACUGGUGAUUUAAUUUCUUGUAGCUGACUGCCAACAGCAGCUGCACUUGCCUUCCUUCAGAUUUCAGUGACACAUUAAAGGAAAUCUGUUCAUGAGUAGAGCAGGUGUGUGUACUGCAAGCUGGAACAGUGUACGUAUUGCAAGAGCUGAAGGUGUGUAAUGUCUGCUCAGGGUUGAGGGCCUUGCCGUUGGAUGCGUUCAGCUGUUGACAGACUGCUGUAUCAGUGCUGGCUGYGCAGUGCUCUGAAUCACUGCAGAGUUCCUGCAUGGCAAGUCCAGAUCUGUGUGUUUUGGGAUAGAAGUAUUGCUACCAAAGGACUUGAGUUACAUGCUUUUGGGACAAUAAAGCAGUUUCAGAGUAAUCCUUUGAUUAUAAACUGCUGUCUUCUCUAACUUAGUGUUAGCUUCUGGUUAAAUGGAARUUGCUCUGUGAUGGAUCUCUGUCCCAUUUCAAAUUAACAGUGGAGUUGUAGUUGAAGCUGGUAGAUGUACUUGGUAAUUGGCUCAUGUUGAUGCUUAGUUAUGAACUCUGGUUCUUGGUGAACUCUCACUUAGAAGAUUGAARCUUCAGAAUUGGACACAUUGCUCACAAUAUCAGAGUAUUUUCUGUUCAUUUCCUGAAACCUGUCUUACCUAAGUCCUUGGAUUGUUUCUGCUUCAGAAUCCCAGAAAUGAGAAAUCUCUGCUGGACUCCCCUCUCAGGUCUUCUGUCACUGAAGAUAAAAAUUUCAAGGGCUGUAAUUUCUUUUGUCUGCCUUGGAGUCCUCAGUCCCUCUCCUUCCUGCUCUUCACUUUGACUUUGUUUUUAAGUUGCCCAGGCCAGGAAAACCAUUKCUUCUAGGUGGACCACCAUGCAAGUAACAGCAUCCUGGCACAUCCUAUGUGUUUCCCGUGUUCUUAUCUUUCCCUUUGGGAUAUUAAGAUUUACAAAUUAAGAAGUGAUGUCAUGUUGGCACCCAGCYACUCCUGCACUGCUCCAUAUUGAUGCAUAGUAAGCAGUCUUGGGGCAGAUGAAAAGCAUGGCACCAUGGGUGCUGAUGUAUCACAGCUGUGGUAUGCUUAAUUUGUGCCUGUUUUGGAAACACGGUUGCAUUCUUUGAGAUUUUUCAGUUUUURACCUGCUGCUUGCUCUGUCUUGGACUUUAAAAUGGGUCCUUUUCCUAAUCUCAGUGUCAUAUCUGGUGUGAUGAAUCACAUGAAAGGCUUGUUCUAACAGGUGACAGUCUUCAGUAGGAAAACGGUUGGCAGCUUGAUGACUAUUGAAAAAAUUAGGAAAAUUGGGGUKCUGUGAGGAGCUGACUGGUGCCUGAGAACAAACUUGCUUUGCAUGUCCUUUUCAAAGGCUGAGUCAAGUAAAAUUUGGUAUAAUUCAGUAAUUACUCAGUUCUUGGCAUUACUUUGUGGUGGCCACAUAUAUUUUUAAAUUUGUAUGUAACUGUAAUCUUACCCAAAAGCCAAGCAAGCUGAGAAGAGUUAAUUGGAACUUAACAGAGUGAAACCAAAGAUCUUGGUUAACCUGUUUUUAAGGUAUAUGUGUAUAUUCCUUUCCAAGCAGAUCUCAGUUACUGUGUACUUAAAAAAGGAGCAAGUAAAUCCUGUGUGUUGAUUUUUGUGUCCAGAUGUGAGAGCAAUAUAACCAUAAGAUGAUUCUGCAUUUUUCAGGGUUGCAAAGGAAGGUGAUUCAAGCAGUUUUCUGUACUCUUGAAUAGCAUGACCAGUUUCUGCUCAGAAACUUUUGUGAAAGCUCCCUUCAUUCUGAGUUGGGAAUUGGGAACGAUUUAAGCUGAUUCCACAGUGGGAAGAAAAAAAUCGAGGCUGGUAAAAGUGUAAAGAAUUUCUGCUCUUGUUAACCAGUGCUUGUGACUUUUGUAUUGGAAGUCAUUCUCAGUGAUGAAAAAUGUGAGAAAGAAUGGCUUUUACAGAUACCUGGCCUGUUAAUAGUUUAUUGCAGUUGUAGGCUUCAAGAUAAAAUUACAAACUUUUGUGUUUGAAGCCAGUAGUGCAGUAGUGUAAAGAGGUGUCAAAGAACAGCUCCUGUAACAGUAGGAAGAAAAGGUUUGAAAAUUAUUUUAGUGAGAGUUAACAUGCAUUCAGGUCUGAUUUUUGGCAGUAGUUCUGUUAAAAGAUGUGGCUACCUAUGAUACAGUUUGCAGUUCAGAAGUGAGGCUUUACACUGUUAAAGAGUUUCAAAACUGCUACAGACUCUAUCACUUUGGGUUUUUUGUCCUGUUUUCUUUAAGUGAAUAUUGCGUUUUCUUUAACUGAACAUUGCAGACAGUGAAGGUUUUCUGGAAUAUCUGCAAAGCAUGGUAUUAAUAUGCAGACAGUUGUAGAAACUAAUUUUUAAUUUUCCAGUUGAAAUCUGUAUUUCAGCURAGGUGUGUGAGGGUGUUAUUGAUGUUGGUUCCAAGUUGAGUGAUGUUAAGCACUUUCCAGGAAGCUAGGACAGAUUGCUAAGUCCAGCCUCUGAAGAAAGGAAGGCAGACUAAAUURAAUUUAUGACCAGUUCAGUUUGUGUUUUAGCUGUUUAACCUUCCUGUGCUCUGCUGAAGAAGAUGAAAUGUGAAGUACAGAAUUAAAGGUUUGAUCCUGAGAAACCAUAUGUAGCACAGCAAAUGUGACUUUAWCCUUACCAAUUUGUUACUAGUUGAAGGGAAGAAACAGCCAUUAACUCUUAUUAAUUUUACUGUUUUAAUGUUAUGUUGCCUGCACAUUUGGGGAUUAAAGGCCACACACUGUUGAGGCUGGUUUCUCUUUAU